UUUCUCACAUACUUGUUUUUGCAUAUUCACAUGUUUUAUUCGAUUUUUGCACCUACUCCUUUUGUGUAUAAAUAGGGCAUUAUCGCUUUGUAUUGUCUUCAACUCAUCUCAGUUCAUUAUUGUAGGUGGCCUUUCAAAACUAUAGUGAAGGUUGGGUUUCAUUUCUGAAGGCAGAUAUGAGUUAUAUGAAUCCUUCUAUGGGCUCUGGAAGUAGAACUGCUAGGAGAGCUCUGGAGUUCGGGAGGACAUAUGUUGUGAGGCCUAAAGGAAAACACCAGGCUACAAUAAUUUGGCUGCACGGCCUUGGUGAUAAUGGCUCAAGUUCUUCUCAACUCUUGGAAAGCCUAUCUACUCCUAAUAUCAAAUGGAUAUGUCCAACAGCCCCGACUCGUCCUGUGGCUAUGCUUGGUGGAUUUCCUUGCACUGCAUGGUUUGACGCGGGAGAACUUUCUGAUGACACUACUGAUGAUCUCGAAGGCUUAGAGGCUUCAGUUGCACAUAUCGCGAACUUAUUGUCAACUGAACCAGCUGACGGUAAGUUCUUCACCAUGAGCUGGUAUAUCCUCUGUAUUCUUUGUCUGAAAAUAUUCUGCAGGAAUGUGAGGAACAAGAUUGAAGGAUCGCAUGAGGCUGUAAGAUGUGCUGCAUCUUUACCCAUUCUACUCUGUCAUGGAAAAUGCGAUGAAGUUGUUCCUUAUAGAUAUGGAGAGAGGGCUUACCAUGUCUUGAGCUCAGCUGGAUUCAGGAAUCUUCAAUUCAAAGCCUAUGACGGACUAGGUCAUUACACAGUGCCAAAGGAAAUGAGUGAGGUUUGUAAUUGGUUAACUGUAAGGCUUGCACUUGAAGGUUUACGACGAUAAUUAAACACUACAUUACAAAUAUUUCAUGUUCAACAUAUAUAGCUGAAACAAAAGAACAAGAGCCUUGGUAUAUUAUGAGGUCUGUAAAUGGAGGUUUGAUAUUGAGAGUUCCUGAUUCAUAAAUUGAAGUCCAUUACAAAGAUUCAUUAUCAGCUGAUGACAAAUGCAUGGGAAAGAAGUAACAGAGAGGAGGACACAGAGUUUUCAUAUAGUUAAUAUAUGUAUUAUGGUGAAUGCUAGGAUUUAGUUUCCAGUUUUGACUUAAAAUCUUCUGCAUAAUAAAGUUUUGGAUGUUUGCUAGCUAUUUUCAUUCACUUGUAGACAAAAACUUGACAUUUUGUUCCCUUCAAUUACAGUUUUCACUCACAAAUUUCUGUUUACUAGUA